AUGAACGUGCUGUCGAACCCGGUGAUCAGGGCCCAGGAACAGUCUCUACCUCUCUGUGGCCCCGGGUCGGUCCAGGACUUACCACAUUGCCCUCCAGGCUUCAACCUGGGCUCCCGCCUCCACCCGGCACCAUUGCUUAGCCUCCAGAGCAGCCAAAGAUCGAUCAAACCACAGAGGGAGCUGAGCCCUGAGGAGCAGCAGGAGCUCAGGAGGAAGAUCAACAGCAGGGAGAGGAAGCGGAUGCAGGACUUGAACAUUGCCAUGGAUGCCCUGAGGGAGGUCAUGGUGCCUUAUGCCUCCUCACCUUCCUCUGUCUCCUCUCAUGCGCACCAGCCUGGCGCUCCUCCAGGCCGCAGGCUCUCCAAGAUCUCCACUCUGGUCCUGGCCAGGAACUACAUCCUCCUCCUGGGUUCGUCCCUGCAAGAGAUGCGGCGGCUGCUGGGAGAGGUGAGCAUCGGGAUGGGAGUGAACACAGGGCCGGUCCCCCGACUGCUGCUCGCUGGAGGGUGGCCCCUCAUCUCCGGCCCCAGUCAGCUUCUACUUACCCACGAAUCCAUCCUCACUUCAGCAGCUGCCUCUUCUUCGUCCCCGUUGUCUUCCUCCUCCACUUCCUCAUCCGCUGCUGCUAAAUGUCCCCUGCUGUCUCCGGGCCCCAUGGAACCCUCACUGGCCCCAGUGCAGUGGAGCUCUACAGGUGCCUCGGGGGGGCCCCUGUGCCCGUGUGGAGUCUGCAGACUGCCCAGAUUCAGUCACUCAGCUGUGGUGCCCAGAUUCCCAAAGUGA